GUCUUCCGCCCGCCGUGUGGAGGUCCUCGGAGCUUCUGUUUCCGGGUACGGUUUCUGUCACAAAGCCGAGACCUCCUUUCGCAGGUGGCGUCACGGGUCCUCUGCUCCGUGCCCGAGGUCAGCAAGCAAGGACGGGCGCUUCCCAGCCAUCCGCCGGAGCCGGGCCUCGCAGCUCCGGGACUGCAGCUCAAGCGACACGUUCCUUGGCCACACCUGUCUCCGAGUCACGCUCUGCCCUGUGAGGUGCCAUGCAGAAGGACUAAGACUCAGCACCCGUUUGAUACAAAACAAGUUCAUGCUCAUUAGAGUGUUCGUGGGAAAAGUGAAUCCCAGUACACACAAGACACUAUGGCUGAACAUGGGGCUCACAUCACAACUGCUUCGGUGGCGGACGACCAGCCAUCCAUCUUUGAGGUGGUAGCACAGGACAGUUUAAUGACAGCAGUGAGACCCGCUCUUCAGCAUGUGGUCAAGGUUCUUGCAGAAUCAAAUCCUGCACACUAUGGCUUCUUUUGGAGGUGGUUUGAUGAAAUCUUCACUCUGCUAGACUUUCUGCUCCAGCAGCAUUAUCUUUCUAGAACUAGUGCCUCAUUUUCUGAACACUUUUAUGGCUUAAAGCGGAUUGUAGCAGGGAGCUCACCACAGCUUCAGAGACUGGCCAGUGCUGGUCUUCCCAAGGAGCACCUCUGGAAAUCUGCUCUGUUCCUUGUUGUUCUUCCCUACCUGAAAGUGAAGCUGGAGAAGCUGGCUUCUAGCUUGAGAGAAGAAGACGAAUACUCAAUUCACCCCCCUUCUUCUCACUGGAAACGAUUCUACAGAGCCUUCCUGGCAGCCUACCCAUUUGUUAACAUGGCCUGGGAAGGCUGGUUCCUUAUACAACAACUUCGUUACAUCUUGGGAAAAGCUGAGCAUCACUCUCCCCUGCUGAAACUGGCUGGAGUUCGGCUAGGUCGACUGACAGCUCAGGACAUGCAAGCUAUAGAACAUAGAAUAGUUGAAACCAGUGCAAUGCAGGAGCCCGUCAGAAGCUUUGGUGAGAAGAUAAAGUCAGCUCUGAAGAAAGCUGCAGGAGGUGUUGCUUUAUCCCUCUCUACUGGCCUUUCUGUGGGUGUAUUCUUCCUGCAGUUUCUUGACUGGUGGUACUCUUCUGAGAACCAAGAGGCCAUCAAAUCACUGACUGCCCUGCCCACUCCACCGCCACCUGUACACCUAGACUACAACUCUGAUUCUCCCCUCUUACCCAAAAUGAAAACGGUGUGCCCACUCUGUCGUAAAACUCGAGUGAAUGAUACGGUUCUUGCCACCUCUGGUUAUGUAUUCUGUUACCGCUGUGUGUUUAAUUAUGUGAGGAGUCACCAAGCCUGUCCCAUUACAGGGUAUCCAACGGAAGUCCAGCAUCUAAUUAAACUCUACUCUCCAGAGAACUGAAAGAGAUUAGUGCAUUAUCUCACAGCUCAAGUUCUAUACUGUAAGGCCACAAGACGGUUUUAGUAUGGCAGACAACAAUGAUACUUCCCUGAUUCAUAACUACAUUAACUUUCAGUAGUUAUAUGGAUUUCUUUAAGGGAUAUAUCCACUUGAUCCUAACCUUUUGGUUUGCUCUCUUCCAAGCUGGUUAAGGAGGAGAAUCAGGAUUGUAGGUGGUGUGAGGGCCAGUGUGGAGGUGGGUUAUAAAAACCACCUUACUUAAGAGUAAGGUUUUAAGCCAGGCAGUGGUGGUGCAUGCCUUUAAUCCCAGCACUUGAGAGUCGAGGCAGAUGGAUUUCUGAGUUCUGGCCAGCUUGGUCUACAGAGUGAGAUCCAGGACAGCCAGGGCUACACAGAGAAACCCUGUCUCAAAAAGCAAAAAAAAAAAAAAAAAAAAAAAAAAAAAAAAAAAAAAAAAAAAAAAAAAAAAAACAAACAAACUUGGAUGUGGGAGUAUAUCAGAACUCUGGAAAUGGAGGCAGGAUUUUGAGUUCAAGGCCACCAUAGGGAGACUAUUAAAAGUAAAAAAAAAAAGUGAGAGAUUAACUAGGAUAAUAGCACAGGACACCUCAGGUUAGACCUUAUAAAGCAAGUCAUUUGGGAAGCAGGCCUUCUCUUUAGAAAACAUUUUUCUACUUUUGAAUUAGAGGCUUUAUCAGACAUGGUGUUUCUCUUUGUAAAAAUACUUUAUAGAGAAAAGCCCCUUCCCUCUAUCAGGACUAACUAACAUCUACCACAGUUUAUCAGCAUUUGAAGAGUUCCUUCAUGGUCCAUAUCUGUCUGACUUGGGAUAGGAUUUGUUUAUAGGGAGAAGUCUGGAAAUUUCAGUAUGAAUGAAAGCUUUCGACCAAUGGUCGAUGCAGUAAAAUCUGUGUCGUGUUUCCCUGACGCCUGCCUAAUGAACACUAGUGAGGAAGCAGUAGCUUCCUGCUCGCUCUCAGGAGCUGCUCAGCUGGCCGUCUGCUCGGCUGAUAGGAAUCAUGCUAGGUAUUAUGACAAUUUCUACGAAACAUUUAAGGAAAUUUUAACAAUACAUGAUUCUGGGAAAGAAUUGUUCCGUGCUGUCAUAAUUAUGUGGAAACACAAAAGAUUACUUCAGGGGUUUAAAUAAAUUUUCAUUCAGAUCA